UCCACGUCAACUUACUCCCAAUCGCCGAAUUGAAACCUCGAGUCCGAGUGGCUUUUGAAGAAUAGAAGUCAUGUUCUCUCAGACCCUUCGCCGUGCUGCGGCCCAGACUGCUGGUGCCUACCGCUCGCCCUUUGCGCCCAAAUACACCACUCCUCCCCACUUCCAGGGCUUCACCCCCAGCCUCGCCACCAAGUAUGCUACGAUUGCUAGCACCUUCGGUGUCAGCGCCGGUGUCUUCCUGAUCUUCUUCCUGGGUGAAAUUCCCCGGGUUCGCAACGACGUCCUCCGCCAGUUCCCCUUCCUGGACCAAUACUAUGACCGCCGUAUUGCUCCCGAGGACAACCCCUUCUAAACGCUCUCAGAGGGUGAGGUACUUUGCUGCCGUCCCGCAGUGUUAGCAGGAUAUCUAGAACAGAUUCCGAGGCGGGCAGUUGGCAUUGUACUGUGUAGAAUAGCGAUGGGUUUUGAUAGCACAUAGAACAUGUCCACCUGGAA